UCAAAAGUGAAGUAAGAGUAACCAUAAUUGUCGAUCCAUUGAAUCUACGCAUCUUAAAAUGCGCUCUCCCUCCAAACCUUCCAUGGCGAAUUGGCCGAACCAACGUGAAGCUCUAAUGGCAAACCCUCCAAUCCAUGCCAAACUCCAAGUUACAUUCACCAACAAAUCCAUUGUCAAAGCCACCAAUCACUCGCCGGAACCACGUGUUCUGCAUCUCUCAAAUCUCGACCUCCUCUCCGGUCGUUUCCCGAUCACGUAUUUCUACUUCUACCGUCGCCCGACGGCCAACUCCUCCGCCGCCAUGAUCGACGCUCUCAAAACCUCCCUUGCUGAAACCCUAACUCAUUACUAUCCAUUCGCCGGUACAAUUCUCCAAAACCUAACAACGAACGAACCUGAAAUCCUCUGCGAUAACUCCGGUGCUCUGGUUGUUGAAGCAGAGGCCAAUCUCAGGUUAAACGCAUUCAACUUUUACGAUCUCGACGAACUUCUCCGAGGAAAACUCGUCAAUGUUAAUCCACAUUUCGCUCUGCAAAUUCAAAUCACGAGUUAUGCUUGCGGCGGAGUUUCGAUUACGUUUACGUUUGAUCAUGCGCUUGGCGACGCAAGUGCAUUUGGAAAAUUCCUUCUCGCCUGGUCGGAAAUCGCUAGGGGAAAACCGAUUUCUACAAUACCGGAUCAUCGGAGAAACAUUCUUCCUCGUUCGCCGCCGAUUUAUCAUCCGGAUUUGGACGAUACGAUGGUGAAAUGCACCAUGGAAGAGAUAAAGAACAUUCCGACGUUGAAGAAGCUAAUCAAGAGACUCUAUUAUGUCGAUCGAACGAGUAUCGAUAAAUUACAGAAACUCGCGAGUUCAAGCGGAGUUAAGAGGACUAAAAUCGAAGCGUUCUCUGCAUAUGUUUGGAAAAUUAUGGUUUCCGCCAUGGAAACAGAGCAUUCGAGGUGCAAAAUGGGAUGGUUAAUCGAUGGGAGAAGCCGACUGGGGGGAGAUUGGAACUACAUGUCGGGUUACAUAGGUAACGUCUUGUCGGUUGCGUUUGGGGAGGCAAGUAUCGAGGAACUAAAACGAAAUUCCAUAUCGGAGAUUGCUGAGGUGGUCCACUCGGCGAUUUCGAAGGCGACGAACAAGGCCCAUUUUUUGGACUUGAUUGAUUGGAUCGAGUGUCACAGGCCUGGGCUGAUGCUGUCGAGGAUUGUAUUGGGCCUUGGUGGGCCGGGCCUUGUAGUGUCUUCGGGCCGGAAGUUUCCAGUUGCUGAAUUGGACUUUGGAUUUGGAAGCCCAGUGCUUGGGACUGUGGGCUCGACAAUAGAGAGAAUUGGAGUUAGUUAUUUGAAUCAGAGGCCCAGUGCCAAGGGGGAUGGGUCGUGGACUGUGUCUGCCAUUUUAGAGCCUGAAUUGGCUGCUGCUUUGGAGUUGGAUUCUGUGUUUCAGCCCAUGACAGCAACUCUCCUUCAGCUUUAACUGCCUUCUAAUAUCCUACUUAUUGGUAUAAAAAUAAGAGCGAAAUCAUCUUAAUUUUAGAAAAUGACGAUGGGAAUUGUUGGGAGUAUGUUUUCAAUCUUGAUAAAGUGAAAAUUAGAAUUAAUAAGGCGGAAUCAAACUUAACUUGAUGUCUUUCAAUUAAAUGUU